UGCAUUCAACCAGCGAAUUCGUUGUGUAUAAUUAGUUAUUUUGAAAACCUUUCAAAGCCACCAUGAAAUUGUUCAUCGCUUUGUCCGCACUUUUGGCCGUUGCUGUUGCAGUAGGGGAUUACCAUGUGGAGCAUAAGCACAUUCCAAUCGUCCACAGUGAGCUGCUGCAGAGUAGCGAUGGUCAGUUCAAGUAUAGUUAUGAGUCUGCUAAUGGGAUUGUUGUGCAGGAGGAAGGUCACGUGAAGAACGCAGGCAACAAGGAUCACGAAGUUAACGUAGCUCACGGAUCGUACUCGUACGUCGACCCACAUGGUGUUCCCGUUUCGGUGAGUUACGUUGCCGACGAAAAUGGAUUCCAAGCGCACGGAUCGCAUCUGCCAACACCACCCCCACUACCGAAAGAACUGGUUGAGGCCUACGCCAAGGUCGGCAGCCACCCGGAGCAGCACCACGAGGAACCGGAACUGUACAAGGGUCACUAGAUAGAUCCGAUCGCCUGCGAUUGAUCUCCGCCAACAGAAUGCCAAAUUGUGAUAUACUCUGUCCGCCGCUAGUGGAUAGUGCGUUGUGAAAAAUUGUUGUGUUUUGCAUGUUUAUAUGUGAGUCGACAAAAUAUAAAUA